GCGAGUGUGGGAAAGAAUGCAGAGAGGGUUUCACACGAACCGGGAGCACGCGAGCCGUCUAUAAGUAGCGCCGCGGCGUGUGUCUCCGGCAGAAGUGGAGAGUCGCUCUGCACGGCGCACCGCACCGCACGCUCCUCGCACUCAAAUGACAGCUCAGUGAUAACAAACGGCAAGAAUCAUCGGUGGGACUCGACCGUCGGGCUUAUCUCACACGUCCUGCAGUGGCACCAAGUGAUUCUCCUUUUUUUUUUUUUACCAUUUCCCCGCGCUUCCAAGAGAGGAUUUACUUCUUUACGCAUACAUUUGUAUUUACCUGCUUUGAUCAACAAUGCCAGCUGACACUAUGGAAAAGCAGACGGCAUCUCCGAUUGCUGGCGCCCCUGCUAAUGGAUCUCACACACCGGACAAACCGAAAAAUGCCAGCGAGCAUAGAAAAUCGUCCAAACCGAUCAUGGAAAAACGCCGGAGGGCCAGAAUCAACGAAAGCCUCGGGCAGCUCAAGACACUCAUCCUGGACGCACUCAAAAAAGAUAGCUCCAGGCACUCCAAGUUGGAAAAAGCAGACAUCCUGGAGAUGACAGUGAAGCACUUGAGGAACCUGCAGCGCGUACAGAUGAGCGCAGCGCUCUCGGCAGAUGCCACGGUCCUGAGUAAAUACAGAGCCGGAUUCAACGAGUGCAUGAAUGAGGUCACCCGCUUCCUGUCCACCUCAGAGGGGGUGAACACGGAGGUGAGGUCGAGGCUCCUCAACCACCUGUCCAGCUGCAUGAGCCAGAUGAUGUCCAUGAACUACCCUCAGCAGUCACCGUCCCAGCAGGCGCACCUGGCUCAGCCUCUCCACGUGCAGCUCCCAUCCACUCUGCCCAUCAGCGGUGCCGCCAUGGCUUCCAAACUCAGUCCAGCCGAGGCCGUCUCCCCCAAGGUGUUUGGUGGGUUUCAGCUGGUGCCCGCAACCGACGGACAGUUCGCUUUUUUGAUCCCCAACCCGGCCUUUGCCUCCGCCACAGCGCCCGUCAUUCCCCUUUACGCGAACGCAGGAGUUCCUGUUGCGGUUAACGCUAGUCCAGUUCACGGCGGGUCAGCACCGACCGCAACAUCUCCAGUCCACGGCAUGACGUCUUUCUCCGGGGGGUCCCAGGCGGUCAGCCCCGUGGGGGUCAGCACCGGAUCUGAGAGCAGCGAGCCUGUGUGGCGGCCUUGGUAGCUUAAGGGAUGAGAGACUCGUGUGAAUACAGUUUGCAUUACUUUUCCAGUUUAAACUUCUAACUGACUGCACAUACAACUGUUGCGGGGGUUGAACCCGUGACUUUACCGCUACGGGAUGGUAACUCUAACCACUUAAUACCGCCGAGUAGUUCUUGUUGUUUCGUUUUAUGGAACAGUUUAUCUUAAACAUUUUUGUUUUUCGUUUUUUUUUUUCGUUUUUUUUUUUUUUUUUUAAUAAUUUAUUGUUGAUUCCAACAUUUGGAUUUCAGUGGUAAACAGAUGGAAGAUUUAUAGGAACAUUUUGUUAUGAAGUACUUUUUAUGAAAAGGUUUAGUUUUGUACAGAGGUGUUAUCGAUUGUUAUACCAAAGCUGUGUUUUAUAUUCUUUGUUGUUUUGUGUUGAAAAGAAAAACUGAAGUUGGGCGUUGACCCAUUGUUUUAAUAAAUGAGAUUUCAUAAAUUUA